ACCUCACCUGUACCAUUGACUUUAUAUCUCUACACCUGUACUCAGCAGAGCAGGAGUGUUUGUUCUCCAACUUCUUUUAUAGAUGCAUAUCAUAAUCUAAUGCUUACACAUUAUUGAUGCAUAUAAAUGAAUCAUUACAGUAUUUAUUGAAUGUAGAUAACCGAAAAUUUGUUGGAAAUCCGUCAUCAAUAUAAAGGUGUCAAAAUGAGUCACGUUCCUUAUGCCGAAGUCCCGAUUAUACAUCAGGGGUUGCGACAAGAGGAAACUGUAAUACAAAUCACGUUAGCUCUAGAUUACUUGGAGAAGGUAUCAUGUGGAAUUUUCCAACAUAUCAAAUCAUCAGUAGAAAAACAGAAAGUUCAACUUUCGAAACUUCAAGACCGAAGCAAAUUAAUUAACAAAAAAAUGGAUAAAUUAGCUGGCACAAAUAAGGCUACCAAGGUUUUUGCCAGUGCAAAGUACCCUGGUAGUGAUAUACCUCGAGACUAUACUCUAGACAUUCUUUCAACGCCGUUACCAAAGCUUGAUCGGACCAGUGUGCAAAUAUCAUCCAAACAUCCUCCGUUUGACCCAGACUCUAUCAAAGACAAAUGUCAACAUUUCCACAUUAAAACAAGCACAAAGCAGAUAAAGAAGAAUAUUGAAGUGACUCCAGAAGAAGGCCUUGGCAGUUUACCGGCUGAUUUAGACUCCGUCAGUGCUCUUCUCCUUUUUAAUACUUCAGAAAACUUGUACAAGAAGUAUGUCAUGCUUGACCCCCUCGGUGUGGUUACUAAGACGAGGCAAGUAUUGGAGGAUGAAAUCAAAGGUGACUUGGAUGCAGCUCCUCGCUCCAUGUGUCAGGAGGUGGUUGAGUUUAAAAUUGGGGAGAACUACUUCUACUCCCCUACCUUACAAGAGGUGCCCCAAUUGGAUGUUCCUCUGGACUUGCCCGACCUUCCAGCUCCAGUCCGACACGAUUAUGUCCUCAAUGGAUCUACACUGGAGAGAUUGGAGAAAGUACGCGAUCUCGGAGCAACAAUGACCCCUUCGCUCAACCCUCAAGAGCAUAUAGCCCACAUUACAGCCAAAGCAAGCUCUCUGCUCAGGUUCAUAUUCAGAUCGACUAGGAACUUAAACUCACCUUUAACCUUGAUCACUCUCUACAAGUCCCUGCCCAGAGGGGAGGUCGUUGUACAGCUUUGGGCCGAAGUACGAGAGGCUUCCCCUUCCAAACUCAAGCCUUUCCUCCUUGAUCUUCUUCAAAUUCUACAUUUGUGUUACGAUCAGCUCGCAACAACUGAUACCCAGGCAUACCUGGGUAGUUUACCUGCCACACCACCCCGGUUGACGAUGUGGAGAAGUCCUUCGACCUUCUACCUCUAUUACUCCGACGUCAUAAUUCUGCUCAACAAGCUGGUAAACGGGUUUAUCGAUUGUCCCAACAUCCUGAAAUGUAUCGACAUUACUACGCCUAGAGGCACACGCUCCAAGACUAUCUUCAGCAGACGCUUUCUCCCAGCCUACUAUUCCUACAACAGCGGAAUUUGCCGUCUACUCAAGGCUGGUAGCACGUUGGCUGCUCAACUGGACUUUCUUCUGUGA